CUUUCCCCUUUCGCUUUCUUUUAACCCCUUGUUGCUUGGGGAUUUGUACUUCUUUUCUUCAUCCUCUUCUUCUACACACUCACAAUCUCACCAAGGCCCAGCUGCCCAGCUAGCUUUCCACAUAGAAAAGUGAAAUAUAAUUCUUCUCCAGUUUAAUUAUCCUGUCAAAUUGAGCCAGAGAUAAUCCUAGCUUGGUCAAUAGAUGAAAAGAUGAAAUCUUUAAGGACCAUAGGGCUAGCUUUGAGUGUGAUUUUUGGGUGUCUCUUGUUUGCUCUAUUUGCUGAGUUAUAUUAUCUCUUAUGGUGGAAAAAGAGGAUCACAAGAAGAGGAAUUGAAGAUGGUCCAGGCAAGGAACUCUUUUUCUUCUUCUUCUUCUGCAGAAAAAAGCCUUCUUCUUGUUCCUCUUCUUGUCUGAAACCCCAAGAUCUUCAACCUGAACCUCAAGCUGAACCUCAGCAGGAAAGCCAUGAAGAUUCAGGCAUAGAUUCAGAGCUCUUGAGACUUUCUGGCCCACCAAGGUUUCUGUUCACAAUAAGGGAAGAAACUAAAGAAGAUUUGGAAUCUGAAGGUGGGAAGUCAAGAAGAAGAAGAAGAAGCUUAAGUGAUGUUUUUCUUCACCAAGAAGAAUCAACUCCUCCAUUUUUUACCCCUACCAACACCUCACCAUCAUACUUCACCCCACCCCUCAGUCCUUUAAACCCAUUCUUAGAAUCCACAACUGAUUUUGAGUUCAACAGCUUUGCUGGCAGGCCUUCUCCCCCUCCAACCUUCAAGUUCAUGAGAGAUGCUGAGGAGAAGCUUUACAGGAGGAGAAUAUUGGAGGAGAUGGAAGAAGCUCAAAGAUUGGUCAAGAAAAAAGAUGCCUUUAUUCAAGUUGAUGAUUGUGGUGGUGACACAGAAAUUUCUUCCACUUCAUCGCCUUCCUUUUCUGGUAGAGAUGAUGAAGCAAAUGGUUCAUUUGUUAGGCUAAUAAUUUGUCCUUUGAACAGAGAGGAAGAGCAUGAGAAUUUGAGGAAUGUUUCACAAGUUGUUCCUCUAGCUUCUUCCCCUCCACCCUCACUUUCUCCAUCAAAUUUCACAUCCAUUCAUACUAGAAGCUCCACUAGAUGAGUUGUUUCUAAGGUUUUCUCUUCUUAUUUUUAAGUCCAUUGGUCAAACAGUUUUAACAAUUAUGGAUCCCAUGGUCCACUUAUUUUGCUUAUAGCAUUAUAAUAAUCAAAAUAAGUUGAAUUAGGACUUCUUCAUGUCGUUUAUUAAUAUUGCUCAAUUGUAAAAUACUAGAUUUUCACCCGCGCGAUGCGCGGGAUAUAAGAAUGUAAUAGUCAUACGAUAUUAUUUGUAAACAAUGUACGCAUGUGAAAUGUUUGGAAAUUGUGUUACUCGUAAC